AUGGGAGGCGCUACGAGGUUUGUAUCUUCAGGUGCCAGCACCGAAGAUGACGAUGUUGUCGUCCGCCAUUCUCGCAGAUAUGGCGGUGCCACCAUUCAGCGCAAUACCUCUUGCGAAAUCGACAACGAAAGGACUCUCUUCGUCCAACAGGAAAACAAGCGUACCGACUCGGGUGUUGCCUGCUUCGGUGCCGUGCGGCGCUUUGUACUGACCCGAGAUCCGCUCCUCUACGGCUUGCUGAAGUGGGGUCUGUCGGUGUUCUUGCUUCUCUUUCUCACCUUCAUUCUGCUCGGCUUGUUCUUCAAUGUCUUCUUCUACAGAGGGAACUGCGAGAACACCAACGAGACCACAAAAGGGAAAACUGAUCCAAAAAAAGAGUGCGUUACGCCGUUUGGUGCCAUCCUUGGCGUCUAUGACGGCGUCUUUGGCUACAGCAACUGCAAUGACGACUACGAGUCUACCAAGUACAAGUACGUGAAUCUGAUGGUGCCGGUGCUGAACAACAAGACGGGGAAAGUGGAGUACACCUCCAAGUCGUUUUUCACGGGACUGGAGUGGCAGUGCGUUGAGUUUGCACGACGAUUUUGGAUGCUAAGCGGGAAGCCGGAGGGCGCGUACUUCGACUCUGUGGUUGGGGCAGCAGACAUUUGGAACCUCUCUUUUGUGCGGCUCGUGUCGAACACGUCGGCAACCCUCCCCCUGCAGAAGUACAGCAACGGCGGCCGCCUAAGUGACGGUCUCCAGGCACCUGCGCCAGGUGACAUCAUCAUCUACCCUGUUCAAGGUGGCGGCUUCCCCUAUGGCCACGUCGCCGUCAUCACAAAGGUAGACAUGGCGGUGAACGGCGCCAUCUACGUGGCAGAGCAAAAUUGGGGUAGCGCCAUGUGGGUCGAUCCACACCACAACUACUCCCGAAGGAUCCCUCUAAUGUACGAUAUGACUACCAGUAGCGUCACGCUGAACGACCCCAACGGCAUAAUCAUUGGAUGGAUGCGCUACGGCUGA